AAUUUAUAAUGAAUAAACCUGCUGGAAAGAAAACCAAAGUCAAGUGCCCUUCAACAAAGUAUGCGGAAGAGAGCGUUAAAGACGAUUUUAUCCUCAAUGAACACAUAAAUGGAGUAGUAAACGGCGUCGGGCCUGAGGAUAACUUCGACGAGAAAAACAAAAAAAAUCAGAAACACCUCAAUGAAGAUAACUGCCAAGCAUACAAAGAAAAAACAAUGAAUGGACUGGAUAGUGAUUCUCUAGACUCCAGUAAAGACAUUAAACAUACAAAAAAGAAGAAAACUAAGUUGAAAGAGACCACAGAACAUCUUAGUGAUAUAGAUAGACAAGAUCUUAGUGAUAUGGAUUUAAACAAAUCAAAAAAAUUAUUAGAUAAGGAGUCUGAUUUAAACAAAUUAAGUUAUAGUGAAUCAUUAGCAUCAUGUAGCCAAAUUGAUCCAGUUCUGCCUUCUAUUGACUCAGGUUGCAGUACAAAGGAAAUCCUUGAUGUAGUUGAAAGUUUAGUGAGUAUGCAAUUAGAGAAUAAAACUGAAGAAACAGGACAGAUUGAAGAUGAUACUCCUGUUCAGUUUAUGCAGUAUGAGUCAGAAUUACAAAUGCCAAUGAUUAUGAAGAUCAUUCAGAAAGAUCUUUCAGAACCAUAUUCAAUUUAUACUUACAGAUAUUUUAUUCAUAACUGGCCAAAAUUAUGCUUUUUGGCAAUGAGCGAGGAGAAAUGCGUAGGUGCAAUAGUUUGUAAGCUGGACACUCACCGUAAAGUAAUUAAAAGAGGUUACAUUGCGAUGCUGGCGGUCGACAAGGAUUACCGUAAAAAGCGCAUCGGUUCAAAACUGGUGGAAUUGGCGAUAGAAGAGAUGAUUCGGGGCGAUGCUGACGAAGUGGUAUUGGAGACGGAGGUGACCAACAAACCGGCGCUGCAGCUGUAUGAGAAAUUGGGUUUUGUUAGGGACAAGAGGUUGUUUAGGUACUACUUAAACGGCGUGGACGCGUUACGUUUAAAACUGUGGCUCAGAUGAGAUUGUGCACCUCAACUGUUCCAUCUUCUCAAUGCCAUAUUCGAAUCAGUUUUUACUUUUGUUAAAUUUAAUUUUGAAGUUUUAUUGUUGUUGUUUGUUGUAUGUUUUUUGUUAUAGAUUAUCAACUUUACAGCAAGUGAAUUGGUGCAAUUUAUUAUGAGUUGUUUCAGUUUACCAGUGACUGUACAUACACUAUUAGAUAAAUGUAUAUAAGACAGGUAUAAUAAAGGUUUAACGUGGUAUGAUUUUUAAAUUUAA